AGCAAGCCCAUGGCAGGACCCGGCAACCUUUACUUCAACUUCGCCGAAGCCAAGCUCAUCCACGCCAUCAACCUCCUACUCGUUAUCGAACGUUGCGACGCGACUAGGAGAGCUCACCGCGCCGACUACUACUACUCGCGCGCUACCCUGAUCGCAAACGUCCCUAUUGGCGUCCUCGCCUCCUUCGCUCUGUACAGACUGUUCCGCCCGGCAUAAUGUCUCACGUCGUCGUCACCAACUCCUUCGCGAAGACGUUCAAGAUCCCGACCACACCCACCAAGUACUUGACCGAAGUCCGGGACGAGGCCUGUGAGAAGUUUGGCGUCAGCAAAGACCAGUUCACACUCAAGUAGGUGGAAGAUUCACAUGAUUACUGCAGUAGUGGCUGACAGAAGGCAAGGUACAACAACAAGCCCAUCUCGCUCUCGCAGCAAAUAC